CGGGGGCGGGGCGCGGUGCCGGUGCGGCGCGCGGUGCCGGGCCGGGCCAUGGCAGAGCGGGCGGCGGCGGCGGCGGCUCCGCACACGGGCCGAGGCCUGCUGAGGGAUAGCCAGACGGCACGAUGCAGGGAGCUCCCCCAGCGAUAAGCGUUCCACCCGGCUCUAAAGGUCGAGCGACGCUUGGGUUCGCCAAGGGACGACAUGCAAGGGCGAGGUGUUGGGGCCGCAAAUGAGGAAACCUCCUGCGCUGAGCCCAGCUGAUAGAAAGUGAGUUGCAGUCCAAGAAGCGUUCAUGUCUGUCCAGAUCGAUACCUGCCGGCAGGAAAAUGGGGUCCGUCCGCAAAGCAGCGGGGACGAUGAGAACAGCAAAGCCGUGCUGAUUUCCGAGGAGCAGGUCCAGCCCCUGGAUGCGCUUCGCUGGUCCGCGUGACGCUGUCGCAUCUCGCAGGCAGAAAGGCUGUCAGGGCAGCGAAGGGGCUAUGGGGUGGCUCUGGACUCUGCCCCGCCGCAGUGGGCUCAGUGCUGGCCGCGCCGCCGGGCGCCUGCCCUUGGACUGAGGCUGCAGGGCCAGGCGACGGGACAGCCCAUUUGUCAGCACGAGCAAGCUCAGCAUUUCAGCAUUGUCUUGGAGACUUCAGGGAAGAAAAACAAGAAAGUGGCUGAAAAAUGUAGUAGUGCUGAUCUUUUAGUAACAAGAAAAAUCACCUUGCUGUGUUUUGAUAGAGAGAGCUACUUCUUCACCGCAUUUGAAAUACCCACGCUGUUUGGAAAGUCUCCUCUACCCCUUGAUUCCUUAUCUGGUUUAAAACAUUUUAUUUGUGUGUGUGUGUGUGUGUGUGUGUGUGUGUGUGUGUGUGUGUGUGUGUGCGCGCGCGCUCAUAUCUAUUUUUAGUGUGUCUGCAUGUCAGGAACCUUCUCAUCUUGUAAUCAUGGGCUCAGAGCAAGAAAUCCCCCAAGCAUCUGUGGGUAGUAAUGACUUGCUUUAUUUCAAAAUGCAUUUGUGAUCUGGAAGUUCUUUGACUCUCCCAGUUUUUCAAGUGAAGAAGAAGAAAAGGUGAAAGAGGACGGAGCCCGCGAUGGCAGAGAAGUGCGACUGUAUUGCCAGCAUGUACGGGUACGAUCUAGGCUGCCGCUUCAUUAAUUUCCGGCCCUUGGGCUUCGGUGCGAAUGGACUGGUGCUGUCAGCCCUUGACAGCAAGAGCUGCCGCAAAGUUGCAGUGAAGAAGAUCACCAUCAGCGACGCGCGGAGUAUGAAACACGCCUUCCGGGAGAUCAAGAUCAUCCGCAGGCUGGACCACGACAACAUUGUGAAGGUGUAUGACGUGCUGGGACCAAAGGGGACCAACCUGCGUGGAGACUUUUUCAAGUUUAACAUGGUGUACAUCGUUCAGGAGUACAUGGAGACAGACCUGGCUCGGCUGCUGGAGCAGGGGAAGCUCACCGAGGAGCACGCCAAGCUCUUCAUGUACCAGCUGCUCCGAGGGCUGAAGUACAUCCACUCGGCCAACGUGCUCCACAGAGACCUGAAGCCGGCCAAUAUUUUCAUCAGCACGGAGGACCUGGUGUUGAAGAUUGGCGAUUUUGGGCUAGCCAGAAUUGUGGAUCAGCAUUACUCACAUAAGGGUUACCUCUCCGAAGGCUUGGUGACAAAAUGGUAUCGCUCCCCUCGCCUCCUCCUCUCACCGAACAACUACACCAAAGCCAUCGACAUGUGGGCAGCCGGCUGCAUCCUGGCCGAGAUGCUCACAGGAAGGAUGCUCUUCGCCGGAGGGCACGAGCUGGAACAGAUGCAACUUAUUCUGGAGACGAUCCCUGUUAUCCACGAGGAAGACAAAGAGGAGCUGCUCAGAGUGAUGCCCAGUUUCAUCAACAGUACCUGGGAAGUGAGGAAGCCCCUGCGCAAGCUGCUCCCUGAAGUGAACAGCGAAGCUAUUGAUUUUCUGGAGAAAAUACUGACAUUUAACCCUAUGGAUCGAUUAACGGCUGAGAUGGGUCUGCAGCAUCCUUAUAUGAGUCCGUAUUCUUGCCCUGAGGAUGAACCAGUGUCUCAACAUCCGUUCCGGAUUGAGGAUGAGAUUGAUGAUAUUUUACUGAUGGAAGCCAACCAGAGCCAGAUGUCUAACUGGGACAGGUAUCAAGUCAGCCUCUCCUCUGAUUUGGAAUGGAGACAUGAUAAAUACCACGACAUGGAUGAGGUCCAGCGAGACCCACGGGCAGGGUCUGAAUCCAUUGCUGAAGAAGCACAAGUUGACCCACGAAAAUAUUCACAAAGCAGCUCAGAGAGGUUCUUAGAGCUAUCACACUCAUCAAUGGACCGCGUAUUUGAUGCUGAUUGCGGGAAAUCAUGUGAUUACAAAGUGGGGUCACCUUCCUACUUGGACAAAUUGCUGUGGAGAGACAAUAAGCCCCAUCAUUACUCAGAACCCAAGCUGAUUUUAGAUUUAUCCCACUGGAAAAGAGCAACCAUAGCACCCACAGCUGAGCUAUCUCUGGAAGAAGAACCAUCCAAUCUCUUUCUGGAGAUUGCUCAAUGGGUGAAGAGCACUCAGGUGGGUCUUGAGUGUUCCAGUCCUCUUCCGGAGAUUCAAGAACGGAGCCUGCCAUCUUCUCCUCACCAUCUCCACAAAGAAUCCAAGGAGGUAGGUGGUGAAACAGACCCUGAGUUUGACUUGGACGUCUUCAUCUCCAGGGCACUGAAACUUUGCACAAAACCUGAGGAUCUUCCAGACAACAAGCUCAAUGACAUCAACGGGGCCUGCAUAGCUGAGCACCCCAAUGAGAUCGUACAAACAGAAGUGUACCAGAAAGACCGAUGGUGAAGCACCUGCAUGUGGGCAACACCACUUCCCUCCGUUCCUCUUUGAUAGCGUGGCCAUGCCCUGUGCUGAGUGGCGCCAGGCUGUCAUUGAGCAUCAGCUUUUUUACACUAUACCGAAUGCCUUUUUCUGAAAAGGCAAGCACAAACCACAUGCCCCUUUUGAUGCCUUAGAAAUACAUCUAAGGGCAUCAAGAGGUGUGAAUGAAAUACUGGGUUUCUUAUACUGCCUUAACAAUCUUGCCUUGCAAUCUCUGGGACCGGUUUGGAACUUAAAUGUACAACAGAAAGAUGACAGUACAGGAUAAGUUUACAAACGGAAGUCAAAUCAACUUCUUUUUCUUUCUUUUUGUAUAGUAUCUUAAAAUGAUGAGGACACUAAUCAGCAUUUUCAUUAUGGUCAGACACCCUCCUGGUUUGACAGGUUCCAGACACACCAGCCGUAGGACUCCUUUGAGGCACUCGCUGAGAGAAGCAACGCCGAGGCGUAUCCACGUUCUGCCUUCAGCCCGGGGAGAGCUUGCGAGAAUGUAACUAGAGGCAGAAUUUGGCCAUGAGACAGAAAAUAGUUGUUGGAGAAUGUUAAUGGGGAAGGAAUUUGACCUACCGUAUAUGGGCCACUUUGGAAUUUUUUCUGAUUGGAAGAUAAAAUUUUUGUGAAGCGCAUUCUCCUUAUUUGGUUCCUCGCACAUAAGUUUUCCCUUCUGCUGUACAGGGGUAACUUCAGAAGAGGAGUACUACUUCUCUUAGUACUUUUGAGGCCCAAUACCAUGUAUUUAACAACCUAAUACUGUGAAUCCUGUCUCAGGCAACUGCCCAGCAGACCAGCAAAUUCCAGCGUGUGGGCUGGACCAGGGCAGGGAGCGAGGAACAGGGGGUUUCACGACACGAUGCGGCCUCUGUCACGCACUAGCUGUAGAGCCUGAGCAAGGUCACUUCCCUUCUCCAUGACAUUUCCCCCCACUGCUAAAAGAAAAAAGAAAGAAUACUACUAUUUACCUUCUCACAGAGAAGCCGUGAGAAAAAAAUUGCUACAGUUUGUGCAUUACUUUGAUCAGACAGAGCACUGCGUGUACUAAAUGUUGUCAUGCCUUUCCAUACUGGAAAUCUGUGCUCUUUGGCCAAUGUCUGAACAAAACUGUAUUGGAAACUUCAGCCGUAUUCAAAUAGUCGCUUAAAUUGGCUGGGUGGUCGUUUGUGCAGAUGGUCCUACACACGAGGGAGGAAGGUCUCCUUGGUUCCUGUGGCAUUAGAUUUUUACACGUGUGCAUUUCCUAAUUGGCCACGAUCACACAUUAAAAAACAAAUAUUCCCAUUCCUCCCAGGCACUUUGCUUUCCGCUUCCUUCGGAAGGUGAUGGUGGCAGCAGGCGAACCAGCGCAACUCUGUAAAUAGAUAUAAACACGACUGAGCUACUGUAACUUCUGUUUUCAUCCACACUUCUGAGCACCUUAAUAAUUAAUCCGCUAACAAGAGUUUGUAUAUGGAAGAAAUGUUCUAUACUUAUAUUUAAUCGAACUAGUCAGUUUUUUAAAUCGGAAACAUGCAAAUAGUUAGUGUUACAAAAGCAAACCUUCACUGUCCUCGCCAGCGUGUCACUGUGCUCUGCAGCACGGUGGCCUGACUUGCAUUUGUAAAAGAGAAACUACUGUACUUCGUGACUCAAAGGUCCCUAUUUAACUGCUGUUCCUGUAGGAAUUAACAAGCAAUCUGCUAAAUAGUGCGAGAUGGGAAGAAAACUCACGUGAGCCUUGGAUGACUGACUCACAGCAGCACUUACUGCGUGAACCCUGGUGACUGUGCUCGGCGCGGCCGGGUCCGGGGUUGGGGGCUGCGUGGAUGGGGACGGGGCAGGGGAGGGAAAGGCAUCUGGAGCACGGGGCGAGGGGCACUGGUUGUCUGGGGUCGCACGUCCCCCGCGGAGGUCUAGACCCCUGCCUGGAAAGAGGAAACGGGGGAGAGACAGAGGGUUCAUUUGCAGUGCGUUACAGAUUAUUUAUAUACCUCAACUAAAGCUCAGCACUUUUACUCGUGGUGGGAGAAACCCAGACUCUGCAGAAGCCGGUCCUCUGCUCCCCGUGCUCCCGCCGGCGCUGGAGAAGGAGCCCCAAAUGCCCAGCGCCUCGCGGGGUGCGAGACACCGCGCUGGCGGGGUCGAGCGGAGGAGGACGGUGGGGAUACGACAGAGUUGGCUGAGAGCGGAGGAUGCGAUCAGCGAUGCCAGAGCUGACUUUUCAAACCCUCUGCUGACAGACUCAGCAAAUAUUUGCUGCUGUUGCGUUAACCAUCAAGAUGUACUGACCUGAGAAAUCGCUAUUGAUCAAACCAUGUCAGUAUUUUCCUCAGCGGACGCAAAUCUUCACAUCCUCUGAAACAAGAAGCCAUUUCGCGGGGGUCGUCACGUUCACUCGAACGUACGGGACUCAAUUUACUACGGCCAUGGAAGCACCAGGUUUGCUUUUGAAAGUUGUGUUUCGGUGGGGCGCGGGAGUUUGCGGGCCCGCCGUAAAAACACGUUGUGAACUUGGUGGCAAGCGAAGGCAGAGCUGCCGCAGCUGCCCCGGGGACGGCGGCUGUCCCCGUCCGCACACUGCUUGCGCCACGCCGCUCCGAGACACUGGCGGGGCUGCCUGGGAAGGGGGGUGACAGCGGUGGCUUCACCGUGUUACCUGGGCGCGUUCAGCCGGUCACAAGCCAGAUUUUUUUUUUUCCUCAUCUGCAACAAUAAAAUUUAAGGCUUGAAUCUCC